CGACACACAGACAGACAGACAGACAGACAAACCAACUACUGUAACCCUCGCUGUGCAUGCGCACCGAGGGUUAAUAAUUCUGGGUAACUUUAUGCUAAGUAUACCUUUAACUCCUAUAUUUCAGAUCCAAUAGCAAUCUCGAGACAAGCCGUGAAGGAUGGCUCCUUCAGUCCAGAGUGCGUGGCCCGUCCUCUCACUCCUGACCAGAAGAUGUGGCUCCCCACUCCUGCAGAAGCAUCUGGUCAAGGAAAAAAGGAAAAGAAAUCCAAGAAGAAGGCUGUAACGACUCCUCCUCUAACAAUCUCAGAUGUAGUGCCUACAAUGCCACAAUUUAUCAAGAUUAAAUUGCCCUCACGAGUUGGGCCCAAAGUGACUGCAUUUGGUACCAUUCUUCUGAAAGAUGACCUCGGGAACAAGAUGGCCAACAUCAAAAAGAGUGCCCGGGAUGACCCAGUGGAAAUGGUAAUGGAGGUUCUGAGGGAGUGGCUGGCAGGGAAGGGGGUGGAGGUGUCGUGGGAGAGCCUCAUAGCAACUCUGAGAGACUGCGAACUUUCACUUAUGGCCUACCAGAUACAGAUGGCACUGGACCAACUAAGAUCUUGA